GCCGCCGGGCGGGCAGGGAAGGUGCUUCCGGAGGCGGGAGGUCAUAGCGUGGAGCGGCGCGCCGCUGCCCGUUGCUGUGGCGGUGGUAGAGGAGGAGCGGAGCGGGCGGCGGGCCGCCGGCGGGGCUAAGUCUGCGCGCGCGCUGCGGGGGAAGGCACCGGACGGCUCCGCCAUGUCCUACUGCAGGCAAGAAGGAAAAGACAGAAUUAUAUUUGCGACCAAGGAGGACCAUGAGACACCAAGCAGUGCUGAGCUGGUUGCAGAUGACCCAGAUGACCCUUAUGAAGAACAAGGAUUGAUAUUGCCCAAUGGAGAUAUCAAUUGGAAUUGCCCAUGUCUGGGUGGAAUGGCUAGUGGUCCCUGUGGGGAACAGUUCAAGUCAGCCUUUUCUUGUUUCCACUAUAGCACAGAAGAAAUAAAGGGGUCAGACUGUGUGGACCAAUUCCGUGCCAUGCAGGAAUGCAUGCAAAAAUACCCCGAUCUUUACCCUCAAGAGGAUGAAAAUGAAGAAAAAGAGAAGUCAAGCAAAGAUUUGGAAGCUACUCCUAUGGAGGCUUCUGCUGCCAAAGAGGAGAAGGGAUCUAGCUAAUGAAGAUGUAAGGAGGCUGUUGUCUCCAUUUCUCAUUUUCAGAGGCAUGGACUUUUGCAGUAUGUCUGUCUCUCAAGUUGUCAAGAAAUGUUUCACCAUUGUUCUAUACACUGUAUGAUAGUAAAUAAUUUAUUGCCAAAGGAGAAAUCUCAGUGCUACAGCCUUGCAAAUAAAUACUGCAAAAAGAGCGAGUAUGUGUGUACUGUGUAACGUGCUAUCAGACACAGUUAAUAUGUUAACAGCUGUUUUUUACCCUCAAGUUCUCCUUGAGUUUUGACUUGAAUAACAUGUUUAAAUAUAUAGCUUUCAACUAAAAUUCCAGUAGCACACCAGGUCUGUCUUCAUUUCAGUAUGGUCUGAUCAAUAGCUGCUCUUUUUCAAUGUAUUCUGUUCUCUUAAUAGAAAUUGCAUUUAAUGAUUGUUUUUCCUUAAAGAUUUUUUUUGCCAGAGUGAUACAGAACACUGAAAAUGGCCUAAAUCUAGAAUUUGUAAAAUAAUUUCAAAUGGUCUUACUGGAUUAUGGUUACAUUUUACUACUGGCAUCAGGUAAAGACUGCCAGAAAAAUGUUGAAAUGCGUAUCUCCUUUGAUUUCAUUUACUUAUUGUGAUGGCUUUUGCAUUUUUAAAAAUGAUGUGUUGUACAACCAUAGAUAAAGAUGAAUGGAAAGAAUGUUGGUCACUGGCUUUAUUUUUGCUCUGAAACCACGGGGUUUGGGUUCCUUUAGUACCUGCUCCUGUUGCUCUUGUAAAAUACUUUGAGAAUACAAUGAAAACAUUACCUGGUGUAAUGAUCUCCAAA